AUGGAGGAGGCACAGGGCUCGACUGCGCACUUCGCAGUGUUCAUGCUGUCCCUGGCGACGAUCUUCCUGGUCCCACUCACAAUCUGGAAGUUGGUCUUCUACUCGCCAGACGAACAAGCUGAUGGAAGCGUUGUGCGGCCCUGGAAGCAGGUGCAGGGGCCUGCUCAGGCAUCCGCGAAGAAGAGAGGCCCGCUCACCAGAGGCAACCUAGUCCUCUUGCUGCUGUGGGUGGCGUACGUCGGCCUGCUGAUGUACACGAGGCAGGCUUCUCUAGCACUGAAACCGUUCGAUCCGUUCGAAAUUCUAGGCGUGGAGCCCGGCGCGUCCACGAAGGCCGUCCGUUCUGCCUACCGCCGCCUUGCUCUCAAGUUCCACCCCGACAAAAACCCGGACGCAUCCGCACACAAAUAUUUCACGGAGCAAAUCCAGAAGGCGUACAAGGCCUUGACUGACAAGGUGUCGAAGGAGAACUUUGAGAAAUAUGGCCAUCCUGACGGGCCGCAGGGUUUCAGCUUUGGUGUGGCGUUGCCCGAAUGGUUCUUCACGAAAGAUUCGAAGCAGGCGCCACUUGUGCUGGCGUUCCUUCUGAUCGUCGGUAUCGUCGGACCCAUGGCGGUGGCACUGGUGUACCUGAGCAAGUCGAACAGCUCGUUGUCCCGAAAGGUCAGCCAGGAGACAUACAAGUCGUUUGCCCGUCCUCCGGGAGGGGUCAGAGAGGCUCAAGGCCUUGGGAGGAUUCUGGAGACAUUCGUCCUCGCGGAGGAAUUUCAGGAUCCGUACGUUCCGCUGCCGGACGACGUGCCCGACCGUCUCAAGGCGGUUGCCGAGCUCGAGAAGACAAUGAAGCGGGAGUAUCCGGAGCUAUCUUCUCGAAACUUUCUGGCAAAGUGGGGUCCCAGUGAAAAGCGUGCGUUCUUCCUCCUGCUGUGUCACCUACAGAGAAAGGAGGCCAUGAUUCCGGAGGUGCUGCUAGACGAUUUGCACAAGAUCUUGAACAGGUGCCCGGCGGUUCUGAACGCGUUGAUGGAGAUCGCAACCCUUCCAAGACCGGACAACAGCUAUCCCUUCCCGCACGGUUGGAUGACUCCGGCGACUGCAGCUGCUGAACUGUCGCAGUGUAUCUGUCAAGCCGUCGACCCCAAGCUGCUUGCUACGCGCGCAUCGGACGCGUCGCUGCAGCAGAUCCCGGGCAUCACCGCAGAUGCGAUCAAGGCGCUGAAGAAGCAGAAGGUCACGUCCCUCAAAGACCUCUCGAUGAAGAAGCCUGCGGAGAGGCAGGAACUUCUAGCCCUCGCAGAGCUCGACGCUUCGCACGCGCAGGAUGCCGAGCGGAUGGCGGUUGCGAUUCCUCACGUUUGCAUGAAGGCAGACCUCGAGGGCUUUUUCGCGGAUGUCGGCAUCAUCCAAGGCGUCCGGGCAACUUUGUAUGCGCGUGUGCUGCUCACGCGGACAUGCCAUCACGAAGCAAUUACGAGUCGCAAGGACCCAUUCGUGCCAGGCAAGGGUGAGACUGUGGAGGCGUUCACGCCGUACCUGCCGCAGCCCAAGGAGGAGCGGUGGUGGCUCUUGGUUGGGGACUCCAAAACCAACAAACUGUGGUGCUCGUCCCAGGUCAAUCUCGAGCAAGCGGAGAGAGAGGGUGUGAAGGUGCUGCGAGCAAGACACGAAAGCGCGAACGCUUGUGUCCCGAGCUGGGUGCUUGAUGGCGCGAUGCCGGGCUUCGCGGAGACCCCGGUUGACAAGGCGGAGGAGGAGGAGGGUGAAGAAAUUGGCAUGCAGAUCGCCCUGCCGUUCUUUGCGCCGGUGGCGGGCAAGUACGACGUCGUCGUGAGGCUGGUUUCCGACUGCUGGAUUGGCGCAGACGUGUCGAUGACUGUGCCGAUCGUGGUGCUAUCAGACAGCGAGCAGACGAAGGCGCAGAUGCGAGACGCGGAGCGCAAGAUGCGCGAGGAGGUGCAAGAGGCCGCUGACAGCGAUGACGACCUGUUCGCUGAAGAAGAGGAAUACUCGGACGAGGAUGGCGGUUCCGAAAGCGGUGACGGCUCGAGCUAG